AUGUCUAACAAACCGGAUGGGGUAAAGGAAAGGGCGGAUGAAGACGGGAUUCGGAUUUACAGAGAGUCCUCCACUCACCUCCAGGUGCACACAAACUUCGGCCUGCAGAUCCAAAUUCAGUUCUGUUCUCCCUUUCAGGUCCACGUUUAUGUGGACCAAACAUUUUGUCACACGACUCACGGUCUGUGUGGUAACUUCAAUGGAGACUCCAACGAUGAUUUCAUGAGCAGUAUGGCGAUCUCAGAAGCAACGGCUUCUCUUUUUGCAGAUUCCUGGAAAGUCAUGGCAAACUGUAGGCACUCUUGUGAUGAAGAUUAUGAACCAUGCUCACUGAGUGAGUUAAAAUAUGUAUUUGCUCGAACUCACUGUUCUAUAUUAAUGAACAGAUUCUCCAUAUUUAGGAGAUGUCAUCAUGUUGUGAACCCGAGAGACUAUUAUGAGCGUUGUAAAUACGAGACGUGCAACUAUGAGAAAGUAAAUGAUUUUAUGUGUAAUUCUCUCGGAUCGUAUGCUCGAGCCUGUCUUCUGAAGGGUGUGAUAUUGAAUGGCUGGAGAGAACAAGUAGAGGGCUGCAGUAUUCAUUGUUUUCAAAAUCAGAUAUUCAGUUACAACUCGAGAGCAUGUCACCGCACGUGUGUUUCCCUGUCCCAUCCCGACCUGGAAUGCAAUUCAACCGAUAUUCCUGUGGAUGGCUGCAACUGCCUAGAAAACUUGUACCUGGAUUAUGAUGAGAAAUGUGUACCUGAAGCUGAAUGCUCAUGUUUCCUCCCUAAUGCUACUGCUGUACUGCCUCAUCAUCAAAUAUCUCUUAACGGUAGAAUAUGUGGUGUGUCAUACCAACACCAGCAGCAAGUGGAGCAGAACUGUCAGAAAUGUAUUUGCUUGAGCGGGAAAUGGAACUGCAGCACCGACGGAAUGUGUCCUUCGACUUGUGUUGUCCACGGCGAGGGUCACAUCACCACCUUUGAUGGCAAAUAUUAUGGGUUUGAUGGCAAUUGUGAAUAUACUUUAGUUCAGGACACUUGCACUCCAGAACAGACAAAUCUAUCAUUCAAGAUAACAUCAGAAAACUAUGUUUGUGGUGAUAAUCAGGUGACAUGUACAAGGGGUGCCAAGAUUUACCUUGAGGAUUAUUGUAUCAGACUGGCAGACGGCACUUACAGCGUCCAACCUGAAAGUGCAGAAUUGAACUUCAAACUCCAAAAAAACCCAAUGUAUUUAUUGUUUGUAAUCAAAAUCCAGAAAGACCUUGAGCUAAAAAUUAUAUGGAAUAAGGGGAUGUCUCUUUAUAUUCAGCUCACAGGAAUACUGCAGCAUUCUGUGUGUGGACUCUGUGGCAAUUUGAAUGGUAAUCUGGGAGAUGAAUUCAGGACCCGAACCAAUUCCAUAGUAUCCAGUACAACAGAUUUUGGAAACAGUUGGAAGGAGGAUUGCUUGUGUGCCGACGUGGAGGAACACGUACAUUUGUGUGACAAAAAUCCAUUUCGUGUGGCUUGGGCCAGGAAAACGUGCUCUAUAAUUAAAAGUCCAGUGUUUAAAGAAUGCCACAGCAUGGUGAAUCAUAAUCUGUUUUAUGAAAACUGUGUGCAAGAUGCCUGUGGCUGUGAAUUAGUUGGUGAUUGUGAGUGCCUCUGUGAGGCUGUAGCUGUCUAUGCUAAAAUUUGCUUGGAUAAAGGGAUCUGCAUCGACUGGAGAAAGCCAGACUUUUGUCCUGUAUACUGUGACUAUUUCAAUAUUCAUGAGCAAAGAAAUAACCGGUACGAAUAUAUCUAUAAAAUCAAGGGUGACUGGCAUUAUCAGCCCUGUUUAUGUCCUUGGAAUCUGAGAAGCAUCGAAAAUAAUAUGGAAGGUUGUUACAAUUGUAGCCAAGGCGAGUACUUGGAUGCUGAAAGGAAGAGUUGCGUGCCCUGUGGAGCAAAGAAUUUUCCCUGUUACAAGCGCACUGGAGCUUCAGGCACAUCAGUGAUACAUUAA